AUGUCUGCACCCUCUCUCGCCCCCUACAUCAUGAAGCGGCCGUGGCUGCAGAAGUGGAUGAAGCCGCUCUCCAACUGGUACUGCAACGCCGCCGGCUACAGGCAGCUCGGUCUGAGGUACGGAGCCCCCGAUACGGAUACCGUGUACGGCGGAGGAGAGAACGAGGCCAUGGAGAAGACAAACGACGUUGUUCAGACCGCCCUGAAGCGUCUCCGACCACAGGAAGCCUACGACCGUGUCUUCCGUCUGCGCCGAGCUUUCCAGCUCUCCAUGUCCCACCAGCUUCUGCCCAAGGAGGAGUGGACCAAGCCCGAGCAUGACACACCAUACCUCUCCGAGCUGAUCACAGACAUCGAGGCUGAGAUGCACGAGCGCGAGGACCUCGAGGCUAUGGUUAUCCAGAAGAGGCAGAAGAACACCGCCGCCAGCAGCGGACACUAG